AUGCAAGAUGGGGACGUUCACAGGCACCUCUACCUCCAGGGCGUCCUCACCAGCCUCGCGGAGGCGGCGGAGAGACCCAAGGUGUCUGAAUUCAGUUGCCACAUCUCUGGGUGCUGCCAGGUCUUUGAUACAGUGGAGGACUAUGAGCACCACUACAACACACUGCACAGGAACGUCUGCUCCUUCUGCAAGCGCUCCUUUCCAUCGGGGCAUCUCUUGGAUAUUCACAUCUUGGAGUGGCACGACUCACUUUUCCAGAUAAUGGCCGAGAAGCAAAACAUGUACAAGUGUUUGGUAGAAGCCUGUGCAGAGAAGUUCAAGAGCAGCAAAGACAGAAAGGAUCACUUGGUCACCGUUCACCUUUAUCCUGCUGACUUUCGGUUUGAUAGACCGAAGAAAGUGAAAAGUGGCCCCAAGCACGUGAGCUCUCCCACAAAGCAGGGUGCCAGCAUGCCGAUGGAUGUGAGCGUGGAGACACUGGAGCAAUUCCAAGUGGACCCCAUGGAAAUAGGGCCCAGUGAGAACAUGGAGAUCCCUCAGCCUGCAGCCAGCCCCGGCCCCUCGGUGCCAGAGAAACAACUCUAUAAAUCCAGGAUCCCAUCCACAAUUUGCUUUGGACAAGGUGCCACCCGAGGAUUUAAAGGACCAAGAAAGAAAGUCUGAAGUGUUUUUAAAAGCUCCCAGCGAGGACAGCCCUUGGGACAGCAUGCAAGGCGGGUUGAACUCCACAUCAGUUGCUCGCAGAAAGAGUCUCAGACCGUGGCAGAGCACUGUGACAUGGAGGUGAGAGGAGAUCAGCUGCUGGAGCUGAGACUACGCAGGAUUGGGUUUUUUGAUUUUUUUGCCUUUUGGGGGAAAAAAUAGAUUCAAGAAAUUCCAAGGCAAAAUCUGCUGACUGUACGGAAGCUGGAACUACUGACAAAAAGAAAACAAAAAAGUGUUGGUCCCUAACUCUGACCUUCUCCAUCUUGCUGAAGUCUGCUCCGCUCCGCGGUGCUUGCUCUGAAACCUAGGCAAAAGGUUUGCCCAGGCCAGGAAAAGCACUCUGGUGCCUUGCAGCUCAUUUCCAUGGGGAGUUAAAGUGACUUCCAACUACAUGAAUAAACAAAAGGAAUUUUUACAAAAUAGCUUCGUAGAGAAUUUAUGCCCAGGCAGCAUCAGAGGUGCAGAAUGAACCUCCCUUUGCUC